CUGAGCUAGUGAGCUUUUGGGAAUUAUAAUGGAGGCUACGAAUUUGGGAAUUAUAAGAGGAGGGAGCAUAAGAGGGAGCUCUACUAGAGUAGGGAGUUUGAGAGGAAGCAACAAUUCUAUAUGGAGGAGCACCGGCGCGGAGGUGUUCUCCCGGUCGUCGAGAGACGAGGACGACGAGGAGGCCUUGAAAUGGGCAGCGCUGGAGAAACUGCCCACGUUUGAUCGCCUCCGAAAAGGGCUCCUCUUCGGCUCCCACGGGCCUGCCACGGAGGUGGAUAUCGACGAUCUCGGCUUCCAAGAGAGACAAAAUCUGCUUCGGAGGCUCGUGAAUGUCGCCGAUGAGGACAAUGAGAAGUUCUUGUUGAAACUCAGGAACAGAAUUGACAGAGUUGGGAUAGAUCUUCCUUCCAUUGAAGUGAGAUAUGAGCAUCUGAAUGUGGAGGCAGAUGCUUAUGGAGGCAGUAGAGCUUUGCCUUCCUUCAUCAACUUCUUUACCAAUUACAUUGAGGAUUUUCUGAACGUCCUUCACAUAACCAAGAGCAAAAAGAGGAGGGUUGCUAUUUUGAAUGAUAUUAGUGGAAUAGUCAAACCAUGUAGAAUGACCCUAUUGUUGGGACCUCCUGGUUCUGGGAAGACAACCCUUUUGCUGGCUUUGGCUGGAAAGCUCGAUAAAGACUUAAAGGUUGGAGGGAGAGUGACCUAUAACGGGCAUAGCCUCAAGGAAUUCGUGCCCCAAAGAACGGCUGCUUACAUUAGUCAACACGAUUUGCACAUUGGUGAAAUGACUGUCAGAGAGACGUUAGAAUUCUCUGCUAGAUGUCAAGGCGUCGGCUCUCGUUAUGAAAUGUUGGUGGAGUUGUCAAGAAGAGAGAAGGCAGCAAAUAUAAAGCCGGAUCCAGAUGUUGAUGUUUACAUGAAGGCUGCAGCUACUGAAGGACAAGAAGCCAAUGUGGUGACCGAUUAUAUUCUCAAGGUUUUAGGAUUAGAAGUAUGUGCAGACACAAUGGUCGGAGACCAGAUGGUACGAGGUAUUUCCGGUGGCCAGAAAAAGCGUGUCACCACCGGUGAAAUGCUCGUUGGACCGGCAAAAGCUCUUUUUAUGGACGAAAUCUCGACGGGGCUCGACAGUUCCACAACCUACUCUAUUGUCAACUCGCUGCGGCAAUUUGUCCACAUUCUCAAGGGUACUGCGGUCAUUUCCCUGCUCCAACCGGCACCUGAGACCUACAAUCUAUUUGAUGACAUCAUUCUGUUGUCGGAAGGGUACGUCGUUUACAAUGGGCCCCGCGAAGACAUUUUGGAUUUUUUCGAAUCCAUGGGUUUCAAAUGCCCUCAGAGAAAAGGCGUUGCUGAUUUCUUACAAGAAGUAACUUCAAAGAAAGAUCAACAACAAUAUUGGACUCGCAGAAACGAGCCUUAUAGGUUUGUGAAGGCUAAGGAAUUUGCAGAGGCGUACCAAUCUUUCCAUGUUGGGAGGAGAAUGACAGAUGAGCUUUCAGUACCAUUCGAUAAAACAAAAAGUCACCCUGCCGCCUUAACAAGUGGGAACUAUGGUAUAGGGAAGAGGCAGCUCUUGAAAGUUUGCACAGAUAGAGAGUUUUUGCUAAUGCAAAGAAACUCAUUUGCUUACAUCUUCAAGUUCUUUCAGCUUUUGAUAAUGUGUUCUGUUAGCAUGACUCUAUUUUUGCGAACGGAAAUGAAAAGAGAUAACGAAACCGAUGGUGGGAUUUUUGUGGGUGCCUUAUUUUUUGGCGUGAUUAUGAUCAUGUUCAAUGGUAUGUCAGAGCUUCCAAUGACCAUUUAUAAGCUCCCGGUGUUCUACAAGCAAAGAGACCUCCGGUUCUUCCCCCCUUGGGCUUAUUCUAUUCCUUCGUGGAUCCUCAAAGUGCCUAUUACAUUGGUUGAAGUCAGCCUUUGGGUGUUUAUUUCUUACUACGUCAUAGGGUUUGAUCCAAAUGUUAGCAGGUUGUUCAAACAGUUCUUGAUAUUGGUAAUGUUGAACCAAAUGGCUUCUUCAUUAUUUCGAUUGAUUGCAGCAAUGGGUAGGACUAUGGGAGUUGCAAACACAUAUGGGUCAUUUGCUUUGCUUUUAUUGUUUGCUUUGGGUGGCUUUGUUCUCUCUCGAGAUGAUGUGAAGAGUUGGUGGAUUUGGGGCUAUUGGUCUUCCCCAUUGAUGUAUACCAUGAAUGCAAUUCUUGUUAAUGAAUUUAACGGGAAGAGUUGGAGACAUAUCGCCCCAAAUGGUACUGAACCACUUGGAGAUGCAGUUAUGAAAUCAAGAGGAUUCUUCCCAGAAGCUAAAUGGUAUUGGAUAGGUGUGGUUGCACUCUUUGGAUUCAUAGUGCUCUUCAACAUCUUGUAUACUCUAGCUCUCCAAUUUCUAAAUCCAUUUGGCAAACCUCAAGCUCAUGUACCAGCUGAUUCUGAAAGUGAAUUUGCUUCAACCCAAAACAUCAAUAAUCAAUCCCAAUUCGUAGAGAAUGACAACUCGAAGACAGGAAUGGUUCUUCCAUUUGAACCCCAUUCCCUUACAUUUGACAAUGUUGUCUACUCUGUCGACAUGCCACAGGAAAUGAAAGAUCAAGGUGCCACUGAGGAUAGGUUAGUUCUUUUAAAGGGUGUGAGUGGAGCUUUCAGACCAGGCGUUCUUACUGCUUUGAUGGGAGUGAGCGGGGCCGGGAAAACAACUCUUAUGGAUGUUUUGGCUGGAAGAAAAACUGGUGGACACAUUGAUGGGGAUAUAAAAAUAUCUGGAUUUCCUAAAAAACAAGAAACUUUUGCACGAAUUUCAGGAUAUUGUGAACAAAAUGAUAUCCAUUCUCCCUUUGUCACUGUUCACGAGUCCUUGGUGUACUCAGCCUGGUUGCGUUUGCCUAAAGAUGUUGAUGCUAAAACGAGAAAGAUGUUUGUUGAUGAAGUAAUGGAACUUGUUGAGUUGAAUGAAUUGAAACCCGCUCUUGUUGGGUUGCCUGGAGUUAAUGGACUAUCAACUGAACAACGGAAAAGGCUAACAAUAGCAGUGGAGUUAGUGGCAAACCCUUCAAUCAUAUUCAUGGAUGAACCAACUUCUGGACUUGAUGCCAGAGCUGCUGCAAUUGUCAUGAGAACUGUGAGGAACACUGUUGACACUGGUAGAACCGUAGUUUGCACCAUUCAUCAACCUAGCAUAGACAUUUUUGAAGCUUUCGAUGAGCUCUUUCUAAUGAAGAGAGGAGGACAAGAGAUUUAUGUCGGACCAUUGGGGCAUCAUUCAUGUCAUUUGGUCAAUUACUUUGAGGCCAUUAGCGGAGUUGGAAAAGUCAAGGAUGGGUACAAUCCAGCAACAUGGAUGUUGGAAGUGACAUCUUCUGCCCAAGAAAUGUUGUUAGGAGUUGACUUUUCAGACAUCUAUAAGAAUUCAGAUCUCUACAGAAGGAAUAAAGCACUAAUAAGUGAAUUAAGCACACCCCGUCCCGGUUCCACGGAUUUGUAUUUCCCAACUCAGUAUUCACAAGGUUUUUGGAGUCAAUGUAUGGCAUGUCUAUGGAAGCAACACUGGUCCUAUUGGCGUAACACAUCUUACACUUCAGUUAGAUUCCUCUUCACAGCCGUCAUAGCAUUGGCUUUUGGGACAAUGUUUUGGGACCUGGGUACCAAAACUGGAAAGAGGCAAGAUUUGUUUAAUGCUAUGGGAUCCAUGUAUACUGCUGUUCUCUUCCUAGGCGUACAAAACUCUUCUGCAGUACAACCUGUGGUUGCAGUUGAACGCACUGUGUUCUAUAGGGAGAAGGCAGCUGGAAUGUAUUCUGCAUUACCAUAUGCCUUUGGACAAGUUGUUAUUGAAAUUCCUUACAUACUUCUACAAUCAGGAGUGUAUGGUGUGCUUGUUUAUGCCAUGAUUGGAUUUGAAUGGACGGUAGCCAAAUUUUUCUGGUACAUUUUCAUAAUGUUCUUCACAUUGUUAUACUUCACCCUCUACGGCAUGAUGUCUGUGGCUGUUACUCCCAACGAAAGCAUUGCAUCCAUUGUCGCCGUCUUCUUCUAUGGGGCGUGGAAUCUAUUUUCUGGUUUCAUUGUUCCACGACCUAGAAUACCUAUAUGGUGGAGGUGGUACUACUGGGCAUGCCCCGUGGCAUGGACAUUGUAUGGAUUAGUGGUCUCACAAUUUGGAGAUAUUGAUGUUGAAAUGAGUGGUUCUAAUCAAACAGUGAAGCAAUUCUUAGAUGAUUACUUUGGAUUCAAACAUGAUUUUCUUGGAGUGGUGGCAGCUGUUAAUGUGGCCUUCCCUGUCAUAUUUGGAUUCACUUUCGCAUAUGCCAUUAAGGCAUUUAAUUUUCAGAGUAGAUAGAUAUGAUAUUUUCUUACGUAGAAGUUAAAAC